ACAGUUAUCGGAAAGCUAUGGGUAAAUUCAAAUCGCCUUAAUUUAAUGACCUAAAUUAACAUAAAAUGCUAAUAAACAACAACAAUGUCGGCGAGACAGACAUCCACCCUAUUAUGCUUAAAAAGGGGAAAGCAUUCCGCCUGGAACUACCCAAGAGGCGCCAGACUGUGGGCAUCGUGCUGGUAUGCGGCAUGGGCGACACCGGGCAGCUUGGCCUUGGCUCGCCAGUUUUGCUGCUUAAUCGCCUAACAAUGGUGAGAAGAAUACCGAAUCCUGUGGAUGUUUGCGCUGGUGGGAUGCAUUGCCUGGUUCUGACGGAGAACGGAGACAUCUACUCGUUUGGCUGCAACGCUGAGGGCGCCUUGGGGCGGAGUUCCAGUGAUCCGGACUGCAGAGAUUCGGUGCCCGCUUUGGUAGAUUUACCCGGAAAGGCGCUAUGCAUCUCGGCGGGAGAUACGCACUCUGCAUGCAUACUGGAAGAUGGCAGCGUGUAUGCUUGGGGAUCGUUCUUCCACUCGCACGGGAGCAUGGGUCUGACCGACGAUGACAAUAAGCGCGUACCCACAAAUAUUUUGCCAGGAACUGUCUGCUGCAGCAUUGCCUCAGGAUCUGAUCACUUGGUCAUAUUGACCACCAGUGGAAAGGUCUAUACACUCGGAUGCGCCGAAUACGGCCAGCUGGGGCGCAUUUCAGAGCGCUCAUUGUCCGGAGAGGGCCGCCGUGGCAAGCAGGACUUGCUGCGACCGGACCAGAUAGUUAUCAAGUCCGCCAAGCGGUUCGACGCUAUAUGGGCCACACAUUAUGGCACGUUCUUACGCGGAUCGCAGACGGGAAUUAUCUGGGCCGUGGGCUUGAACGAUAGUAAGCAGUUGGCCAACGAAAAAGUAUUGGAACCGGAUCACUUCAUUUAUCCGGUGAAGACAGCGCUACAAAAUAUAAAGCAGAUUGCUGGUGGAGCUGAGCAUACACUGCUGCUGCAGAACAAUAUGGAAUGCUUUGCCGUUGGUUCGCCACAUCAUGGACGCCUGGGCCUGGGCGAUGUCAAGGACGUGGUGCCCAAUCUGACGCGUGUUAAGAAGCUGUCCGACAACAUUGUCUAUGUCGGCUGUGGAACUCACUGUUCCUACGCUAUUACUGAGGAUGGAAAGCUGUACUCAUGGGGCCUGGGCUCCAAUAACCAACUGGGUGUAGGCGAUGGCGAUGAUGAACUAGAGCCGGUUUUAGUCAGCAGCAAGAACACACAAGAUAGGAAAAUGCUGCUGGCAUCAGGCGGUGGCCAGCAUGGUCUGUUUUUGGUCGAAGCUAAUGCAAAGGACUAGCCAAGCACAGGACAGGCGUUUUUUAAUAUAAACUUCACAGCAGAGACUGAUGCUCGCCAAGCGAGGACCAUGAACUAAACACACCAAGCAAAAAGCGACUAGACUAAAACAUAGAAAUAGAUAUUUGACUACCAAUUUGAUUUUUACUUGACUACAAGUUACACGAUCUGCUUCAGAUUUGCUUCAAGUGAAACACGAGUCCCCAUAAUGUCUGCUGCACGAUGGUGGCAUCCAUCGAUAGGGAAAAUAAGUCCAUCGAUUGUGAGUCACAAACGAUAAGCGUCUAUGCAUCGAUAGUACUAUCGAUACCCUAUUACCUCGUGUUCGCUCGCAAACAAAGAAAAAGUGCAUUUGAAUUACUGAUUAUUAAACAUUGCGACCAGAGGCAGUUGCACACAAUUGCGUAUUUGAUAAAUUGCAAGGCAGAUUGCUAAGGCGCGCGUUGGCAAUUCUCGCAGUGUGUAUGUUUGUGGCACAAGUGCGUGGUGCGUGCGUCGGUGUUAGUGAGCGUGUGUGCGUGUGCGUCUGUGUGUAUAUAUUUGUAUUUGUAUUGCUAUUAACUAAUAAACAAUAACCUUCGGGGCCAAGAAAACUGCCCUCCGCCUGUUCCAACAAACCGAAACAAAAAUAAAAUCGUGCAGCACCGUCUGCCAGUUUGGGCUCUUUCCGUAUUCCGUACACCCAAAGAACCCAAAGAAACCGUAGCAGCAGCAGCAAAA